AUGUUUUCAUUCCAUUCUACAAUUUUCUUCUUCUCUUGCUGCUUUUCUACAACAACCACUGGAAAAGAUGGCGGAAGUGGAGAAGGAUGGAGAGCCUGCAACAGACAAAGAUGAUUUACAAAUGUUAAAGGUCAUUGUGGAUGAAUUGUACAAUUUUAGGGACCAUUACUUUGAGACGCACAAUGUGGAAGAUGCUGAGAGGAAACAGAAUGAUGUCACCGUGGAGAUGGAGAAAGCACUCAAGAAACUACUGGAGAAAGAAGAGUCUCACAGGCACAGUGCCGAGUUUCUGCUGCUGAAGGGCCGGUGUCUGAGCGUGGCCCCGGCCUUCAGUCCCACCGCGGAGGAUUGCCUGUCCCGGGCUGUGAAGCUGGAGCCGGGACUGGUGGAGGGAUGGAACACCCUAGGGGAGCAGUACUGGAAGAAGGGAGACCUGACCACGGCCAAGACCUGCUUCACUGGAGCUCUGCAGCAGAGUAAGAACAAGGUGUCCCUGCGUAGCCUGUCCAUGGUGCUGCGGCAGCUGCCAGGAGGGGGCAGUGAUGAGCAGGGCAAGCGGGUGCUGGAGAGCGUAGACAUGGCCAGGCAGGCCGUGCAGCUGGACGUCACGGACGGGACCUCCUGGUACAUCCUGGGGAAUGCCUAUAUAUCUCUGUUCUUCACCUGCGGACAAAACCCACAGAUGUCUCAACAGGCUCUGAGUGCCUACGCCCAGUCUGAGAAAGUGGAUAGAGCAGCUUCCUCUAACCCUGACCUGCACUUCAACCGAGCUACGCUGUUCCAGUACGAGGAGAUGUUUGGGUCGGCGCUGGGCGGGUACAGCCGGGCGGCGGCCCUGGACCCUGGGUGGGAGGAGCCUCCGGAGCGGGAGAGGCAGCUGCUGGAGUACCUGAGGAAGGUCACAGAGCUCACAGAGAACAAGGGCAAGGUGAAGGCGCGCCGUUUGAGAACCAUGCUGUCCAACCUAAGCACCUCAGCCCUGGGGCCAUGUUCCCACCCUCAGUUCCGCUCCCCCACAGGCCGAGUUGGGAGCCUGGAGCCCCGGUUGCUGUCUUCCCUGACACACGGCCACAACGCCGGGGUGGCCGCCCUGGGCAAGGUGGUGUUCAGUCUGGCCUCCGAAGGACGCAUGGCCUUUACGUUUGGCAUGGUGGACAGCGAUGAGACGUGCUGUGUGGUGAUGGUGUACAACACGGCGGACAGCUGGGGGGUGCUGAUAGGAGACUCUGUUGUCGUCCCGGAGCCCCAGGUCAAACGCCACAGCGUAGCGCACAACGGCCAGUCUUUUGAUUUCCGGAGUAUACGAGUGGACUCUCCUCUGCUCCUGAUCGUGAACGGAAAGAAACAGAACGCCCAGAGUCAGACGGCUGCGUCGGUUAGCUAUAAGCCUCAGAGCGAAUGAAAGGAGGGGUGGAGGAAAGGAUACAUGAAAGGCUAAGAGCCAGAAAGAAGCAUGAUUUAUAUGUUAAAAAAAAGAAAAACUGUGUGCCUGUAAUGUUUGACUUCCUGUAAAUAGUAGACACUUUGAAUAGUCUUUUAGACAAA